AUGGCCUUGGAAGACGAUGCUGAUUGUAAAUCUGGCUUGGCAUAUAACCAUCAUGAUAUAUUGUCUAAGGCUUCAAUCCCGCCAUACCAACCGCCUGCAUACGCCGUUCACCAUAAUCCUCAAUCUUACCUUCCACCUUACCCGUUCGCCCCGCAAGCUUCGUUUAGUGAUCCUCAAGGCUGGUUGAAAGAUCCCGUUCAAGACUUGAUGAAUGAGCACCCUACAUCAAUCGUACCUGGGACCAGUCCCUGCCAAGUUUAUCUGCUUUCACAAAAGUUUAAGGGGGUAUAUACACCCAAAUAUUUGUGGAAUACUCGAUGUCUGUCGCCCGCAGAACGACCCGACCUCUACGUUUCGUUUGGGGGACGACCGCUUAACCUGGUCCCCUUAAGGCUCUAUGUCGACUAUAUAUGCAUUGACUACGACCCUGAGUUCCACGAGGUGUCUUCCCAGGCUGAGAAACGAAUUCAGACGGUGCAGAGGGAACUGUGGGAGGAGAAUAUGCAGGAGUGGGAGGACAAGGGGGGCCGUGGCGAGAAGCCCCAGCGGCCUGCCCUCUCCACCGCGGAUCCCACAGCCUACCAUAAUGCACGGAUCCUAUAUACCUUCCCCAAUAUCCUGUCCGCCAUCGAACAGUGGCAAGCCAAGCACCCCGCCGAGCCUCCGAUCAUUGGCGACCAGUCCAAGGAGGCUUAUCGAGGCUCAGCCAAGAUGGACUACGUCCUCAAGACGAUCAAGGACAUCGGCUGCCAGAAGACGACGAUUCCCCACCCCGAUGCACAGCGCGCAGCUAACGGGGAGACGUUCUCAUACCAGAGAAAGUACAUUAUCGCCAGUAGCCUACGGCUCUGCCGCGCGCUGCUCUGGUGCAGGAUUGUGCAGGAAGUUGGCGAAGCGUGCGUCAUCAGCGUUAUAGACCGCGCCGACGGCAACGAGACAAUAAAUGGCUAG